GGUGAGUUUAAACUGAUAUGAGAUGAACUAUGCCAGCCUUUAAAAACAAAUGGAACAGCAAACACAGUAGUCUGGGGAGAUACGAAGCAUCAAGGCUACAGUGUCAUCCACAGCCUCCUUUGACGCAAUGGCCUCUGGUGUUCCACUCCUCCUGUUGGUCCUGUGCAGUCUGUCUGUAGCUGAAGCUCAGCUGAGGCUGUAUAACCUGCGAGCCAGCGAUCUUCCCUCCAACCUCUUGGGAACCACAGAUGGCUAUGUCAAGGUGUUCUGUGGCUCCGCCAACCUGGGUAAAACAUCCAUCCGUAACAAUGACGCAAACCCCUGGUGGGAGGAGGAGUUCACCUACUUUCAGGCCCAGGAGAACGACGUACUGAAGCUUGAGGUUCAUGACAGUGACGUUCUCUUUGAUGACCUGGUGGGCGUCUGCCAGAGACAGAUCAAGCUGGGAACACAUGAGCACGACUGCUUCCUGAAGAAAGGCGGCACCCUCCAUUAUUCCUACACCCUCGGCUGAAGCAGUCAUUAGCCAUGUGUAGAUGUAGCUGACCUUCAGUCUUUAGAUCCACCUGCACAUCCCUCAGAAUAU